AUGAUUAAAGCGCAUAGUAUGCUUGACCAAGUUACGAAUAACUGUGUUGAAAAACUUGUUGAUUAUAAAAUAAGAGUAAGUCAAUUAUUAAAAGUUAAUUUACUAGUAUGGAAUAACUCUAAUUCUUAUGCUGGUUUAGCCCCAAUUGACAAAGAUGACGAAAAUCCCUUUCUAAAUUAUGACAGAAAUUUUCUGCAGGAUGAUGUCAAUAAGGAAAGUGAGAUGUUGUUCGAUAGAAAAGAGCUAUCCGAACAUCUUUUACAGCUACUUCAAGACUUAACAAACUGUAAACAAAAACUACAAGAUAUAUUUGAGAUAAUGUUAAAGGAAUUGAUAGAAAAGAAAAUUAUAUCGACCGUGAAGUUUGUCGAUGAUCCUACUGGAGAAUUAAUGAUCAAGAGAGCUGAUGCUCUCAGGAUAGACCUCAUAUACAAUAUUGAUGUCAUGAAUAUGAAGUCUUUUAGUGGUCUAUUGCAACAAAAUCGUAAGCAUACACUUGGCGACUCAAAGAAAAUAAUUGAUACAGGAGAGUACAUGAGAGUGUUUGAGCUUAUAUCGUAUUUUGUGGAUGGAUUGAUAAAACGCCAAGAAAUAAUGUAUAAACUAUCUAGUAAAGCGAGUGGCCUAAUGGAGUUAACCUCAGAAAGUUUGAAAAAUUGGUGGGGUGAAGAAUGA